GAAUAGCAGUUGCCUAAGCCAAUUUCCAUGCCUAUGAAAAUCAAAUUCCCAAUAAUUACCUAAGGCACCUAGAACUGUGAAAAUACGUGGAGUUUUGCCCUAGACUCUCUUGUGUUGUUGAGUCUUUGCCAUACUACCUUAUUGUAAUUAACGAAUUAUUUCGUAAAAUCCUUGGCGCGAUGGAUCCCCCAAGAGAGAACGCCAUUUACAAUGAACGUUUUGUAAAGGUUAUUUGCGUCGGCGCUGGAGCUUCUGGUAUCCUAUUGGCUUAUAAGCUAAAGCGAUCUUUUAAGAACUACUCCUUGACGAUCUAUGACAAAAAUCCCGAAAUCAGUGGAACAUGGUAUGAAAACAGAUAUCCGGGGUGUGCAUGUGAUGUUCCCUCACAUAACUACACAUACUCAUUUGAGCCGAAGCCGGACUUCUCAUCUGUCUAUGCUGGUUCAAAGGAGAUUAGGAGUUAUUUCCAAGGCUUCGUAUCCAAGUAUGGAUUAGAGCCAUUCAUCAAAACAUCCCAUCUUGUGAAAGAAACCCGAUGGGAUGAGAGUGAAGGUCAAUGGGAAGUAGAUGUUGAAGACACCACAACCGGAAAGGUUGUCCAUGAUUGGUGUCACAUCUUGAUUCAUGCCACAGGCUAUCUGAAUAAGCCGGCAUGGCCUCGAAUUCCUGGCCUUGAGAAAUACAAGGGAACCAAGCUUCAUAGCGCAGAUUAUGAUGAGAGUGUGUCUCUAGAAGGCAAGAAUGUUCUUCUCGUCGGCGCUGGUUCUUCGGCCGUGCAGAUACUACCGACAAUCCAGCCGAUAGUCAAUCGCGCGAAAAUCUUUAUUAGAUCGCCCGUUUGGGUAUUGCCGGAUAUCAGCUCUGAGAGUGGGAAGUACAGUCCUGAACAAAUUGAAAAGUUUGUCAGCGACCCGAAGUCAGUUUUGCAAAUGCGCCAAGAUAAUGAGAGGACGAUGAACAGCAUAUUCACCAUGUAUAUGAAAGACACCAUCCUACAAGAACAAUGUAAAACCUUACUCACAAAUACAACGAGGAAGCUCCUCCAAGAUGAAGAAAUGGAGCGAAAACUCAUUCCCGACUUUGCCGUCGGGUGUAAGCGUGUAAUCCCAUCAGGAUACAAAUACCUAACAACCCUGAAGAAAGACAACAUCGACGUAAUCUACUCCGGCGUAACAUCCUUCACCGAAACCGGUUGCAUAAGCGCAGACGGGCAAUCGCACAACGGAGACGUCAUAAUCUGCGCAACAGGUUUCAACACCUCCUACGUCCCGAACUACCCCAUCCUCUUCAAAAACCACAACCUGCAGGACGAAUGGCGGGAGUCGAUUAUGGGAUACAUGGGCGUCGGAAUAUCCGAAUACCCAAACACCCUCACCUUCCUCGGGCCCUACACACCCGUAUCCAACGGACCAACCCUAAUCGCCAUCGAGGCGCAAGCCGAUUACAUAUGCUCAUUCAUCGACCGGUACCAAACCGAACCCAGCAUCCACAGUUUCUCCCCCAAGCGCCGCGCCUGCGAGGAUUUCAAAGCGCACGUAGCAUCCGCAAUGGAGCGUCUGGUAUGGACCGACCGGUGCCGAAACUCGCAUAACAACCACUCCGUAGGCGGACGCAUCCCCACCACCUGGCCCGGCUCCACACUGCACUACCUAGAAGCGGUCCGCGAACCCCGCGUUGAAGAUUGGGAGUUCGUGUAUAAAGGAAACCGGUUCUCCUGGCUAGGCGAUGGUGUAUCGCAGACCGAGUGGGAUCCCACGUCUGAUUUAGGAUACUAUAUCCGCUCUUUCGAUGAUGGAAGAUCGGAUACUCGGCUUGGGAGGACGUUGGCUACUGCGAAGACGGGGAGUCAACCCCUGAGGAAAUUGCAUCGACAGCCGAAGUUGGCGUUGGCGGAGGAGGAAAAGCCGAAGGCGGCUACGCAUGAGAUUCCUGUUGUUGGGAAUGGCAAUGGGAAUGCAAAUGGAGUGAAUGGGGAGGGUGUGAAGGCGACGUUGGUGGAUGGGUUGCAUAACAGUUAAGGGGUGAUUGUGGGAUAAUUCAUGCAUUUCAAGUAUUGAUGAAUACUUCAACCAAUGAUAAGAGACAUCCUUGACCCGCGCGACCAUAGCCUUACCAUACUCCGGGCCGAGCGGCGGGGCAGGUUUUGAUAAAUCCGGUCGGAGCCAGGGUAUCGGCUUAAUC